AUGAAAAGAGGCAAUUCCUCUCCAAUCUCCUCCUCCGAUCAGAGGAUGAAAAAGAACAAACAAGAGGAUGAUGAAGCAGCAAUAGCUUUGGAUCAACAAGCAGAAGAGGAGGUAUCUGAAGAAAGGGAUGAAGAAGGUGAGGAGGAUGAUCUCUACAUGUCCCAUGAAGAUUACUGGAGCUCUGUUGCCGAUAUCGGUUGCAGUGAUCAUAAUGAUGAAGAUGAGGAGGAGGAUUUUUCGGAUGUGAUUCUCAGAACUUCAUUUCAUGAUUAUCAUCUUCAUAAAAUUGUGUUGAACAAGUGCAACUACUUCAAAAUGUGUAUGAAACGAACAUUGGGAUUUAACGAAUCAAAGCAAGACGAGAAUGGUAAACAAAUGAUAGAUUUGAAACAUGCAGAAGAAACAUUGGGAAAUAGUGGAAUUAAAUUUGAUAAGCAAAUGUUUGAUAAAGUUGUUCAAUUUAUUUACUGUAAUUAUGUAGAAGUAGAGGAUGCUGAUGUAAACGAUUUAUAUUACUUGAUACAGAUUGGAGAUUUUCUUGACAUGAAACAAUUACAAAAUUACAUUCUGCAAAACACCUUACCACAUUUCAAAAUAUAUUUGAAAGAAAGGUUGGGAAUAGAAAUUCCAAUUCAAGAAAUAAUAUUCUACUCUCUGUCUGUUGUAGCUGAUGGAAAUGAGUAUCUGAUGGAAAUUCCAGCAAUUCCUAUUGAAUUUUUGAAUUUCAUUUUUUCACAACCAAAAGUUCCUAUCACAUGUAAACUGGUAUUGUUGGAAAAACACUUCCAUCAAAGCACUGAAACAGAAUUGAGCGAUAUUGACAAGAAUGAAAUUUUCACACACUCAUUGGUACAACCUUACAAAAAUCUCAUGCAACAAUUGAAAGAUAUGAUUCAACAUUCCGAAGUGUCAUCCAUUCGAGAAUCUAGUGCCCAAUCUUUGGCACAAAAGUUGUGUCCAGAAUUAACACCCUAUCCAUCGGCAACAGGUAAUAAUGUGGAUAUUCUACUGACACGAUCUGAAUAUGUAGAAUUUAGUUUGGAGUCAUGUGUCGAGAUGGAAUGUUUUUGUCUGUUAUUUGGAGGUUUAUUCAACUUAAGGAUUGACUGCGACGAGAGAAGCUCUGCAUAUUGGUGGACUUUCACAUUAGAAAAUCUUGAAUGUACGUAUCCUGUCAAAGUAAGCCUGUACCUCAUGUCGAGAAAUUCAUGUGGAGGAGUUGAAUGGUCUUGUGAGGUUUUUCAAAGCUCGACACCUCUUGAACAAGGAAAAUCACAAGAGCUUGGGGUGGUUUAUGGAGAACAACUCUAUAUUGGCAAUGUUGAUGUGAAGGGAGUCCUCAUGGUUGAGAAAUGUACAAAUAUUACCAACAAUACGCAUGUGUUUGAGCAAAAGAGAGGACAAGACCCUGUGCUCUGA